AUGGAUCUCAUUACUACCCCGGAAAGAAGUAGAUCAAGAAGGAUAUCAAUGGAUGAACAAAAUUCAAGUGAUGGGCAGACAGACUUGUCAAUCCACGAAAAGAAGAACCUCUUAUCUACACCUUCACCUCCAAGAGAUAAGCAAAGCCAAACCAGAUAUAAUCCAAGUUUUUUAGCUACUCCUAUACAGACCCGUUUGAUUCACCUAGAGGAUGAAGAUAAUAAUACGGAAGAACCACAUUCCCAUAAACCAGAAAGUAUGUUAUCUCCAUAUACAUAUACACAUAAUCAUAACCAUGGCCAUAGUCACACCCUUUCACCUGUACAUAAAUAUAGAUUAUUACCACCUACUACUCCAAAGACAAGAAAUACUGAAAUGUUUUUAUCUCCUUCUCCUAAAUUGAAAUCACCAAAUGGCAAUAGUUCAUUAAUUACAAAGGACACAAAACCAAUUCGAGAAAUCUCUAAUGAUUUAAAAACAAGAUUAAAUUAUGCUUUUGUCAAAUUACAAAAUGGUUGGGUCGAUAAAACUUUACCUGAAUUGGAAGAAACUUUGGAUCACAACAAUCAUAGUGGAAUAACAACAAAAUUGGUUAAAAGUCCUGAAAAGUUUAAAAGUCCCAUUAAGAGAAAACCAUCAAAUACAUCCAUUAACAAUAACGCAUUUCCCUCUUCAUAUGUAAAUCAGUUUGCAUAUGGAAAUGGUGAUGAUUUUAUUCCAUCAAAUCAACCUCAGAAUAGUCGCAAAACAUUUAAUUCAAUAAAGCAAUUUAACAACAAAUAUAAUACUAACUUACCUGGUACGAUUGAAAACAGUAAAGGUAUAUCUAUGGAAGACAGUACAACAUCGGCACAUUUGGCUUUUCUACAAGCUUUGGCUUCACCUGGCAAAAAGUCACAGAACGGAGAAAUACCAAAAAACACAUCUCCUUUGAAGUGGGGCAAUAGCAACGACAAUAAUGAUCAGAGUAAUUUUAAUAAACUGAAAACAUUAAAGUUAGAUAGAUAUGGUAAACCUGUUGAGGGUGAAAAGGAGGUAGUUGAAACUUUAAUGUCUUUAUCCUCGCCACAAAAACAAAAAAAACCAAAAAGUUUAGAUGAAAAUGAUACAAAUCCAGAGGAAACCGAUAUUGAAACUGAAAGUGAUAACGACUAA